UCUUUAUCACCACUUUGCUUUCUGGCUUUCUGCACUUGUGCUUUUUCUGGCAACUGAGCUUUGCUUUCCCAAAAUGAAAAUUUAAAUCAAGAUCAACUUAUUAUUUUUCCAAUUCAAUCCCACCUAUAGUUAAGCUUCAAUUCAAUCUUGUUAAGUACCUAUGAUUAAAUGGUGAUUCUUUUCUAUUACUGUGGUUAAUAAUUUAUGCUUCCCAGAUAAAUGAAGCUUAAGUGGUUCACUGACCAACCGGGAGAGCACCAGUAACUGCUGAGGCAAUAUCAAUGAAGCUACUAUCCUUCUUUCCUCAAUUUGCUCUUCUAUUAUUCACACUCUCCAUUGUUCCUCAAAUUAUUGCUGACCUGAACUCUGACACACAAGCACUUCUUGAUUUUGCUGCUGCUUUCCCCCAUGUCCGAAAACUCAACUGGAAUAAUACUAUUUCAGUUUGCUCCUCUUGGGUUGGAAUUACGUGUAAUUCAAAUGGAACCCGUGUGAUCGCUGUCCAUCUUCCAGGUGUUGGACUCUAUGGUCCAAUCCCAGCCAACACCAUUGGAAAGCUUGAUGCUCUUAGGAUCCUCAGCCUACGAUCCAACUACCUUAAUGGAAAUCUUCCUUCUGAUGUUCCCUCCAUUCCUUCCCUGCAAUAUCUAUACCUCCAACAUAACAAUUUCUCUGCUGCCUUCCCAGCCUCGCUUUCUCUUCAACUAAAUGUCCUAGAUCUUUCUUUUAACUCCUUCACUGGUAGCAUUCCUCUUACUCUUCAGAAUCUGAGACAACUCUCUGUAUUAUACCUCCAAAACAAUUCAUUUUCUGGAGCCAUACCCAAUAUUAGCCUCCCAAAAUUGAAGAUUUUGAAUUUGAGUUUUAACCACUUUAAUGGCUCAAUUCCAUACUCUCUCCAAAAGUUCCCUUAUCAUUCAUUUGAUGGAAACUCUCUAUUAUGUGGACCACCUCUCAACAAUUGCUCCACAAUCUCCCCUUCCCCUUCCCCUUCCCCAUCUUACUUUGCUAGCUCACCAACAAAAUCUUAUAAUCAUGCUGCCACUUCAAAGAAGAAACUAGUAUCAUAUUCUAUAAUUGCUAUAGCUAUCGGGGGAUCGGCAGUCCUAUUUCUCAUAUUUCUAGCCAUCUUUGUGUGCUGUUUGAAAAGGAAAGACAACAGAAGCAGUGUGUUGAAAGGGAAAGCUGAGAGCGAAAAGCCCAAGGAUUUUGGGAGUGGUGUGCAAGAGCCUGAAAAGAACAAAUUGUUCUUCUUUGAAGGUUGUUCUUAUAACUUUGAUCUUGAGGAUUUGUUGAGAGCUUCGGCUGAAGUUCUUGGUAAAGGGAGCUAUGGAACAGCAUAUAAGGCAGUUUUGGAGGAUGGGACAACAGUAGUGGUGAAAAGGUUGAAGGAAGUUGCGGUUGGAAAGAAGGAAUUUGAGCAGCAGAUGGUGAUUGUAGGGAGGAGCGGACAGCACCCAAGUGUUGCACCACUCCGUGCUUAUUACUAUUCCAAGGAUGAAAAGCUUUUAGUUUACAACUACAUGCCAACUGGAAGCUUCUCCGCGCUCUUGCAUAGUAGCCUGGGAGCAGGAAGAAGUCCACUGGAUUGGGAUGCAAGAAUGAAGAUCUGCCUUGGAGCUGCUAGGGGCAUAGCCCAUAUUCAUUCUGAAGGUGGUGCCAAAUUUGUUCAUGGCAACAUCAAGGCCUCCAAUGUGCUUCUAACCUCUGAUCUUGAUGGUCUCAUCUCUGAUGCUGGCUUGACUCCUCUUAUGAACUUCCCUGCAACUAUUUCUCGAACCAUUGGCUAUGUAGCUCCUGAGGUUAUGGAAACACGAAAAGUUAACCAGAAAUCUGAUGUUUAUAGUUUUGGUGUUGUACUUCUUGAAAUGCUGACAGGGAAAGCCCCGCUUCAAGCUCGAGGGCACAAUGAUGUGGUUGAUCUGCCAAGAUGGGUGCAGUCCGUGGUGAGGGAGGAAUGGACUGCAGAGGUGUUUGAUGUAGAGCUAAUGAAGUACCAAAACAUUGAAGAGGAGAUGGUGCAGAUGCUUCAGAUUGCAUUGGCAUGUGUGGCAAAGCUGCCAGACAUGCGUCCAACAAUGGAUGAAAUAGUUAGAAUGAUGGAGGGAAUUCGACAACCUGAGUCAAGGAACCAGCUGUCUUCCGAGACUGAAUCUAAUGCUCAGACCCCAUGAGAGUUUUAAACGGAAGUUCCCCCAAGGAAUCAAACAUAUCAGAUACUGUCUGAUAUGGAGCAUUCAUAUUUCACUGCCAAGUAUUAGCUUUAGAUGUUAGGAAAAUAAGCUUCCUUUCCCUACUCAUUUGUUAAUUUCCAAAUUGUGCUAUCAGCAUUAUCUUAAUCUACAGUCAUAUGCUUAAUUAAUGGCACUAAAAACAGGAUUGGAUAAUAAAAUUUACACUGUACUAAUGCAGUACUAAUUCUUUUAGAAUGUGAUUUUAUAGGAAUCAUAGCCCAUCUUGUUACAAAGC